AUGGUCUCCAGGAUGGUUUCUACCAUGCUGUCUGGCCUGGUGUUAUGGCUGACGUUUGGAUGGACUCCGACAGCUGCUUAUAGCCCAAGGACCCCAGAUCGGGUCUCAGAAACAGACAUCCAGAGGCUGCUCCAUGGCGUGAUGGAGCAGCUGGGCAUUGCCAGGCCACGGGUAGAGUACCCAGCUCACCAGGCCAUGAACCUUGUGGGCCCGCAGAGUAUCGAAGGUGGAGCUCAUGAAGGUCUGCAACACUUGGGUCCCUUUGGCAACAUCCCAAACAUCGUGGCAGAGUUGACCGGUGACAACAUUCCUAAGGACUUCAGUGAGGACCAGGGCUACCCAGACCCUCCAAACCCCUGCCCCGUUGGAAAAACAGUAGAUGAUGGAUGUCUAGAAAACACCCCUGACACAGCAGAGUUCAGUCGAGAAUUCCAGUUACACCAGCACCUUUUUGAUCCAGAACAUGACUAUCCAGGCUUGGGCAAGUGGAACAAGAAGCUCCUUUAUGAGAAGAUGAAGGGAGGACAGAGACGCAAGCGGAGGAGUGUCAAUCCAUAUCUACAAGGACAGAGACUGGACAAUGUUGUUGCAAAGAAGUCAGUCCCCCAUUUUUCAGAUGAAGAUAAGGACGCAGAGUAA